AUGCAUCAAGGGGGUGGCCUUGCGGUGGCAGUGCCGGGAGAGCUACGUGGUUACGAAGCUCUUCACAAAUACCUCAACGGCACGUUGAAAUGGGCUGACCUGUUCGAAGACGCCAUCCUGCUGGCUAAAUGUGGUUUCCCAGUAGGGAAGCAUCUUGCAGCUGCCCUGAAAGAAGGCGAAGUUGUGAAAACCGCAUUGGCGAAUAAGACUAGGCGGUUCUUCAUGAAUCCAGACACCGGCAAGGUGUUGACUGAAGGGGAUACACUAAUUCAAGAAGACUUAGCAAACACAUUGGAGGAUAUUGCAAAAUAUGGUGCCGACUAUUUCUACAAUGGAACUUUCGCCGUAAAACUUGUGGAAGAUGUCAAGAGCAAUGAUGGUAUCAUGACAGAGGCGGACCUUAAAAACUACAGCGUGAAAUGGGUUGAUCCCAUCAACGUUACCUUCCAAGAUAACCUCACUAUGUUCUCGGCGCCUCCACCAGGAAGCGGACCAGUGCUUGCUUAUAUCAUGGCAAUCGUGGAUGCGUUCCGCACGUCCAGUGACUACCAGCUUCCGGACAAUGAGCAAACUCUUCACAAGUUCAUCGAAGCUUGCAAAUAUGGUUACGCUAAAAGAGCUCUCCUCGGGGACGUCGACUUCGUGAACUGCCAGGAGGUGAUCAACAACAUGACGUCUCGCAAAUAUGCUGAAGAUACUAAGUCAAAAAUUAACUUGACGCACACAUUCGAUGAUCCUACCAAAUAUGGUUUUAUCAACGAGACUUACUUACCGGAAACUGGCACUGCACACGCAGUGUUUUGGGGAGAAGACGUCGUAAUAUCUGUUUCCAGCACCAUAAACUAUUAG